AUGUCUCCAGUUAUUUCGUAUGAAUCAUUUUUGGUCACUGAGUCAUUUGAAGGAUUCGAGGAUCCUGAAAAAUUCAAAAACUAUGUUCCAAAAUUGGAAAAGUAUAAAAAGGAUUUAGAGGAAAGCGUUUUGGACGAGUACAAGGUUGCUAUGCCGAAACCGAUUGAUGAGUUGGUGAAGGAUCAGCUUGAUGCUGUUGACUACAUGUACAACGAAAAAUUAUUGACACCAGAAGAGUUUGAAAUCACUGACUCCACUGCUUCGAAAAUUGCGAAGAAUAUUGGGGACGGUAAAUGGAGCGCUGUUCAAGUUCUUAAAGCAUUUGCUCACCGUGGAACUGUUGCCCAUCAAUUCACCAAUUGUGCACUCCAAAUAUUUGUUGAUGAGGGUAUCAAACGUGCAAAGGAGUUGGAUGAGUAUCAAAAAAAGACUGGUAAGUUGGUUGGACCUUUACACGGUGUUCCAGUUUCAUUGAAGGAACAUUUCAAUUAUGCUGGUAAGGUGACUCACUCUGGUUACGUUUCAUUGAUUGAUAAUGUUACUGAAAAGUUUGGUGUCACUCCACAAAUCUUGUACGACUUGGGAGCAGUAUUUUAUAUUAGAACUACCCAACCACAAACACUUAUGCACUUGUGUUCAGAGAGUAACUACUCCGAUGUUACCAAGUGCCCUUUCAAUAUUUCUUUGUCCAGUGGUGGAUCUUCAUCCGGCGAAGGUGCUGUUGUCUCAUUUGGUGGAUCGGUUUUCGGUAUUGGAUCAGAUAUUGGAGGUUCAAUCAGAUCACCAGCUGCAUUCUCUGGUUGUUUUGGUCUCAGACCAACCACCCACAGAGUUUCCAUGGAAGGAAGUACUUCUUCACUAGGUGGGCAAGAAACCAUUCAAGCAGUUUUUGGUCCAUUGGCUAGAACUGUGGAGGAUAUUGAAACCAUGAUGAAGACAUACCUUAACGAGGGCAAGCCAUGGAACUCAGACGCAUCUUUGAUUUGUAUGCCAUGGAGAGAUGUACCAAAACCAAAUGCAAAGGAUUUGACAAUUGCUGUGAUUAGAGAUGAUGGGUUGGUUAGCCCAUCCCCGCCAAUCAGGCGUGGUGUAAACACUGUUGUAGACAAGUUGAAAGAAGCUGGCGUCAAGAUUAUUGAGUUUACACCUCCAAAUACCAAACUUGCUUACGAAACGAUCAACAAGAUGUACAAUUGCGAUGGUAAUGAAACUAAUCGUAAAAUGUUGGGUAAAAGUGGUGAACCAUUGGUUCAAUUAACCAAGUGGUCAUUGAACUAUGGUGAGGGAUCAAAAAUGUUUUCCGUUCCCGAGGUUCGUCAAUUGCAUAUGACUAGAGAUGCAUUGAGAAAUGAAUAUAACAAGUUCAUGGCGGACAACAAUGUUGAUUUCAUUUUGUCACCAGCAUACAAUAAUGUUGCUCCUCACCCUCGUGAAGUUUACAAUUGGUCAUACACAGCUUUGUUUAACAUUUUGGAUCUCCCAACUUUGGUUUUGCAAACUGGUUUGAAACAAGACCCAGAAGUUGAUGUUUGGACAGAGAAAGACAAGAAACACAAAUACAGAUCUAAUUUGGAACAAUUGGAAAACGAAAUGUACAAGCCAGAAGAGUUUAAACAUGCUCCAAUUGCCAUACAAUUAAGUGGAAGAAGAUACCACGAUGAAGAGGUGGUUGCUGCUGGUAAAGUUAUUGCUGAUGACAUUUUGAAAGUCGAUUUACUUAAGCAUUAG